AUGGUGUGUGUGGCUCUUCCCUGGCCUCGGUGUGUGUGGCUCUUCCCUGGCCUCGGUGAUGGUGUGUGUGGCUCUUCCCUGGCCUCGGUGUGUGUGGCUCUUCCCUGGCCUCGGUGUGUGUGGCUCUUCCCUGGCCUCGGUGUGUGUGGCUCUUCCCUGGCCUCGGUGUGUGUGGCUCUUCCCUGGCCUCGGUGUGUGUGGCUCUUCCCUGGCCUCGCUGCAGACUCGCUGAGGCACAGAGGGUCUUUUCAGUGGCUGCUCCUCAAAGGGGUCUUUAUGUUCUCAGAGGAGCAGACUUGCAGCUGGAUUCCUCGAGUCAGAGCAGAGAAACCAGUCGAGCUGCUUUCUACUGUGGUUCACGCGUCUGUGGUUCACGCGUCUGUGGUUCACGCGUCUGUGGUUCACGCGUCUGUGGUUCACGCGUCUGUGGUUCACGCGUCUGUGGUUCAUCACAUACUGUCUGUAUCGUGA